AUGUUGGAAGGUCGUCCACAAUGCAUAAUCGCAAUUGGAAAAACUGGCAACGGAAAAAGCUUUACAGGAACUAUUUUUGGUGCACGAGAUGCGAUAGUCGGAAAUUCGUCAAGCUCUCAAACAACCAAAGUUACAGUUUAUGAUAUCGGUGAUAGCAACUUUUACGUUGAUACUCCAGGUUUUGAUGAUUCUGAUGAGGCCAAGAGCGAUGAUGAUAUUGCGCGUUUGAUUUUUCGUACUCUUUUGGAUGAAGAGAUAUAUAGUAUAACAACGAUCUUAUGGUUUGUAGCGACCGGCAUCAAAGCAACAGCUUCGUUUAAAAGAGAAGCGAGGUUUAUAGAAUCACUAGCAAAAGAUCAUGAUGGCAAUGUUUGGGACAAUACUAUAAUAGUUACUAAAGGUGACAAAAUUGAAAAUGGCCCUCGAGAAGCAGCUAAAGAAAUAGCAAAGAGUGAAUAUGACAUGAAAAAAAAAAGAAGUAGUCAAUUGCCAGAUAAAAAUGAUUUGCUCAUAAAAACUCGUGACUUUGCGAUUCUAUUAUUUGAAAGCCUUGAGAGUACAAGUGUUUAUGUUGAAAAUAAGUUUACAAGCGAUCAUUUAAAUAAAUACAACAUAUUUAAAAGAUCUGAACCUGAUCGAAUUCUUGCAAAAUAUAAUGCACUAAUGAAAGAACAUCCUGCGAACCCGAUAAAAAUAAAUUUCAGAAAAGUAAAAUGUUCGAAUUGUCCUGAAGAAACUGAUCCAAGAUUAGCGAUUCCAGAGUGCCAUUUAGAAGCAGAAUCGUUUCAUUCAGAGACAACUAAAACUCAUUUACAUAAUAUUAUACGCGCACACCCGAACAUUCUUGAAGAAUAUCAUCCCGAUUCUUUAAAAACUUACCAUCCUGGUUCUAAUAUGUUUGUACAUACUGAUACACCUAUCGACAGUCAAGUCAAUUUUGUUCAGUGUGUUAUUCGUUUUACUACAUUAGGGAUUAUUAACCCUAUGACUCCCGGAUACUGGAAAUGCUGUGAAAAAGACCUGAGCUCACGCGGAUGUAUGAAAGUUUAUUCCUGCUGCAAAAAAUAUAAUGAUGGUUGUUGUAACAAAUAUAAGUGUUGUGAUGGAAAUAUUUACAGCAAAGGGUGUAAAAAACGAUAUCGUUGCUGCAAUGGAUUUCGCGCAAGUGAAGGAUGUCAAUAUAUAUAUGACGUGUGCAAGCAUAAAGCUGGAGAACAACCUUGUUGUACUAUUUGCAAAGACUGUAAUCAAACAUUAGACAAAAAUGGGUGUAAAAUGAGAUGCAGAAAUUGCAAAGGAUCUCAAAGCAUGAAAGGGUGUAUCAAAACAGAACAUACUUUUAAUUUCUCUUAG